ACGGGGAGAGAAAGAUUAAAAAAGCAAUAAUGUUUAAAAGUGAGAAGUGUGCGUGAAGGCUGGAAAGGAUUGAUUCAAGGCUAAGCGAGCUGAAGCGCCUGGCUGGGUAACUGGAUCCGUUUGCGUUGAGCAGUGAGCGAGCGGAAAGUGGGUUUGGUUAACGGGGCGAUGAGACGGAUGUGUCGGGCUAAUGGAGACAGAGGCCUGUGAUCCUGCUGAGCCACGGACCGAGAGCAGCAACACUGAGCCGCUAACCUGAGAGCACCGAGCUGAAACCCGAGAGCGCCGUUGUGUUCGUGCACAUUUUUUAUUUGUUGCAAAACUCUGUUUGUUUGUGCGCCACGAAUGAGUUUGGACAUAAACGAAGUGAAGUGCAAGUGAUGGAAACGCAACACGGGCUUUUUUGAGCUAGCUAAAGUGCUAACAGCUAACGAGCAGAACACUGAGCAGGACACUGAACACACAAACCCACAUUCAUCUGCCUCACUGUGCUAUCUGUGCUGUUUAUCAAUCACUUUUACUACUACCCAGAACUUCCAAGAGGAUUUAAACUCUUCUCACAAACUUAUUGUUUACCACACGGUUCGAAUCAUUUUUGCACCAAAUGUCACAGAAUCGUUUCUUCGGAUUCGAAUUAACCUCCCGCUCCACGUCGCUAUUUUUAUUUUUUAUUUUUUAAAAACAUCCCCCGACUUUUUUUUUUUUGUAUUUUCGAGGAAUACAGCUGAAGAAGGAUUAAAGUAUCAAAAAAUAUCAAUCUCAUUGUUUUCAGUGGAGUAGCUGAACCGACACUGAACUUUUCAGCACGAAUCACUGACUGCAGGGGCUGACAGCAGACAACUAGAUGGUCCUGUUAUUGUCGUGCUCCUGGUCUUCCAUCCUUGGACAUCAAUCUGUUGGCCAUUGUGACCUGUUACCUUUUCACUGUGAUUUGAACUGAAAUGAAAAGACAUUCAUAUGAAACACAAAAUGGGGACCAGUUCUGUUCACGCCUGUGAGAUAAAUAAGUAAAAGAAUACCCCCUCAUCGCGGCAAGCUAACGGGAAGGAACGAGGAGUCCCUUACAACAGUGAGGGAAAUGUUCCAGUUUGGGAAGUGCCCUAUGGACAUUUUAGAAAUGCUAAGCGGGCACCAGGCACACCAGUUCAAAGGCCUGGGGCUGCAGCACCAACAGCAGGUUCAACUUCAACACCCACAGCAGCUUCAGCAUCAACAGCAACAGGGUGAGGCCUCUGGAGCGCUCCUGUCUGGGCUUGGCCUAGGUUCGCUUCAAGGAUCUAGAAGCAAUGCGUUUUCCGAUUCUUCGAUCUUUGCAAAAAUGAGCGCUCCUCUUCCACCUAUUCCCCAGCAAACUCAGUCUGCUUCCUCGCAAAGCUCGCGCAAAUCUAGCAAGAUGAGCAGCGGCAGUGGAAGUACAGGCGCGUCUGGCUAUCCGCAAUUCCUGCGUCCUUUUCACCCUGCAGAGGCAGCCCUGGCGCAAGAGCAACUUCACUCGGGGAUGGGACGUUUUGAUUUCGCGGGCGGAAGCGGUACUAGUGGUUCUGGAGUAAUUGGCGGGGUCGUGACGUCUGCUCCCCCACCACCACCGUUACACCCUGGACUUUCUGUGCCGCAGCCAUCACCUGGACCACCCUCUUCAUCACCGUCUCCUUCCAGUUCGACCACCACCUCCAAUAAUCCUGCAAGCAGCAGCAGUACGGUAGCCGGACUGGUUGGCUCCCAAUCCGACGCUCGAAGUUUACACCAGCAGUUUAGUUGCAUGCUUGCAGCCAACCAAUACUUUCUUUCUGGAAUGCCAGCCAACGCGAGCCUAGAGCAGUUUCUAGUUCAGCAGGGCCCCCAUAAUCCUCUCGGUCUUUCAGAAUCAAACAUAGGUCUAGCUCCACCCCCAGCACUUCACCCAUCUCACACACACGGCCACCCAGCCUCUCAGCCUCAGCAGCAACAGCAGCAGCUAGCACCUCAUGCCUUGUCUCACCCACACAGCCAUGCCCACCCACAUCACCCUCUUCACACCGCGCCUCAGCCCUCGCCACUUAGCGGAUUUGAUUUUCAAGGCAUCCCCGUUCUGUCCUCCAAUCAGCUAGCUUCCCUAAUGCAGCAGGAAGCCGGUCUUCCCCUUACACUUCCGCUUCAUCUUUCCGCCCCAAAGGAUGACGGGAAAGGGGAUGGUGGGUCUGGGGCUGGAGGAGGCGGAGGUAGUGGCAGCAGGAGAAAGAAAGCAAUGGCUGGAUACCUGCCCCAGAGAAAAACAGACGGCAGCAGUAGUGGCAGUAGUAGCAGUACUAAUUGCCACAGCAGCUCUGGGGCGCAUGGUCAUGAUGGGUCUUCUGGCCUUGUUGGAGGAGGUUCAGGGGUUGGCAUGAGAGGUCUUGCUGGUGACCCCUCCUCCAUCCUCACACCUUCCACACCAUCCUCCUCCUCUUCUUCAACUGUCUCUUCCUCCUCUUCCUCUGCCCCCUCUUCAAAUUCUGCCUCUGUGCUGGUAUCGAACGUUUCACAGAUGCCCAAAACUGAUAAUCAGUCUGCCAUGACCCCUACUGUUUCUGAGCCGGAGCCUGUCUUUCACUGUGGAGAAUGUGGUAAAUCGUUCACACACAUUAAUAGUCUCCGUAGACACAUACGAAACCAUGACGAUCAUAACGGCCCUAACGCCAGUGCUAACGCAAACCCAAAUACUGUCCAUCAGCAUCAGUCCGAUACCAGUCUGCCUCACUCGACUCAGGACAGGAUAUCUCACCAACAUGAGCCAAACCAGUCCAACCCAGACCUUUCUUCAUCUUCGUGUGAAAGUCCAGAUAAGACAUACUGUUGUAACGAAUGUGGAAAAGGUUUUAAGAAACGGGGGCAUCUCCUUCAGCAUGGUGUUAUCCACUCCGGAGCGCGUCCGUUCGCUUGUUCAACCUGCCAGAGAUCUUUUAACCGCAGAGAAUCUCUUACACGGCAUGAGAAAAUCCACGAGGAUAAGCCUUACCGCUGCCCAGUCUGUGAUCGCUGCUUUAGAGAGAGUACGUCUUUGCUUAACCACGCUUCAUCUGGUUCGUGUGGCAAACCGGGGAGGGGGAGUUCAGGAAGCAGCGACGGCAGCAGUUCGGUGAGUUCCGAUGACAAGGUGGAAGGAAGCGAAUACCAAGGUAGACAGUUACCAGAUGAUAAAGCACUGGUGUAUCAGAAGACAGAGGGAGGUGCAACGGAAAUACCCUGUGAUGCCUUAUACCCACAAGGAAGAGCAGGAAAUCCACAUUCUGCUGAUAAAACAGAAGGGAAAUAUAAUUCACCAUACUCAAGAGAUCCCUACCAAACGUCCUACAGGGUUGACGAUUAUCGCCGGCCACAGGGUAACCUCCCGUACUCCGGUGAUGGUUCUUGCAAUAACGGUUUGUCAGGCCCCGCUUUAAGAAAAGCUCCCUUGGCUCCAACACUUCACCCACACCCUUCGAGUCAGCAACAACAGCAACAUCAUCACCAACAGCAGCCUCAUCUCCCCCUUUCUGCUCUCCUCGACGAUUCAGAAGAUGAAGUCACCAGCAGUGCUAUGUCCGCAAUAGCUGCAGCUGCAGCGGCCUCCGUCUUGCCUCCCGAAAUGAAUAACAACGGGGGAAGAGAGGAACGUAGGGAUAUAAUCGGAGGUCUGUUAGGGGGUCUUGGCUUUGGUACCAUCGGUGGCCCAUCGUCUACGUCUACAGGAACCGGCGGAAAUGAUGAGUGUUUGAGUGGAUCCAUGAUGCCCUUGUCUCAUCCCACUCAGCAACAGCCUACUACACAAAACGCCACGCCUAAUGCCAAACCAAAGCGGCCACGGAAGCCCAGACAGAAGAGGGAACCCAGACCUGGUGGUCUACCCGGAGAGGGUGUGAAGCGUCGGCGGAGCCAGAACGGGCCUCGCGGGGAGGGAUCGGAAAGGCCUUAUUUAUGCACCGUUUGUGGGCGGGGCUUUGGCAGACGGGAAACCCUCCGGAGGCACGAGCGUGUUCACACCGGAGAGAAGCCGUUCCAUUGUGAUGUCUGUGGCAAAGAUUUCCGAGAACCUUUCCAUCUCACAAAACAUCAGACUGUUCAUUCAGGGGAGAAGAACUACAAAUGCUCCCUCUGUGGUAAAGAUUUUGGGUACGCGCAGAGCCUGAAAAGACACGAAAAACUGCACCUUAGGGGGGAUUUCAAGCCAAGGCGGAGUAAAACCAAGUCCUCAACAAAUCAGGCCAGUCAAGACGGCAGUCAGACAAACCCUGGCUCAUAUUACCCCUAUCCUCAGGAUAAAGCUCAAGGAUCCAGCGCUGGUGCAUCGAACCAACCCCCGCCUAAGCUGUAUACAUGUCAGAUAUGUUGGAAGACUUUCCGCCAUCACUUCCAGUUGACUGCCCAUCACCAAGCCAUCCAUGAACAGGGUGGGGAAAAACUUUUCUCAUGCGAGGUUUGCGGAAAAGCCUUCGCUUACUCGAACAGCUUGACGAGGCAUCGACUAUCUCAGCACGGUUUAACACGCACCGUACCGACCACUCAGCCAACAGGGGGUGGAUCUGGCGGAAAUUCUGCAACCUUAGAAGAAAGCGAAGCCGCCACCAACACCCUUCUUAAUCUAACGCCAGACAGUGGAGGUCACAACGUCCAGCAAACGCAUUCAACCAUUUCUCACACACAGAUUCACUCUCAACCAGCCGGCUAUUCCCCGCUCUUUUACACACCAGAAUCAGGUCCUCAUAAUUCAAAUACCAGUGCCCCUCCACACUCCCAACACCCUCACUACCCGCACUCCACUGUAGCCCCCCUGUCACAUCAACAGCCCAUAGGCGGCAAAGUACAACAGAUUUAUACAGGGGUCACCGCAAACCCUCUUCAUCCUGCUCCCCCGCAUAUCCACAUUUCAUCCUCGUCACACCCUCAGUACCACCAGCAGCAGCCGCAGCAGCAGCAGCAGCACUCUUUUCAGAUGCAGCAUCAGCAAAUGCAGCAUCAAGUCGGUCAGGUGCAUGCCGACGUCGCCCAAAAGAAGAAAGAAAAGAAAAAGAAAAACGUAAGAUUCGUCCAUGACGGGCAGGUCACGAGCGGGUUCGGUGGCGUACAGAACACGAGGUGGGAUCGAUUUCUAAUGAGGAAGAAGCUGCUGCUUCAGCAACAACUUAAAAGAAAGAGGUGGAUUAGUCAGCUAAACUGGGCCCGAUAUACUGCAGGUAUCGGAAUCAACGUAGGGAACGGGAUCUGGCGGGCGGGCCGCUUGAAGUUCCGAGGUCUGCGGUCUUUCAUGGUACCCUUUAGGUUUUUUCCAUGCCCCAUCUGUCCCUCCACCAACUUCACACGACGGUUAACGCUGUCGGUGCAUCGUGUGAUAAGGCACCCGCCAAGAAAGCAUGGCUGUCGGGCACGUCUCCGGUGCGUCGUGUGUGGCAAGCGUUCCCGAAGGCUCCUGUCUGCUCUUCGCCAUCGGGCGCGUCACCUCUCGCAAGGGUAUUUCUCCUGCCCCCAGUGCCCCUCUCGUUUUUGGAACGGCACCCUACUCCAGCGGCAUAGGUUUGUUUGUCAACGUUUCGGGGGUGCACAGAAAACACCAAAGGGGACUUAUUCUAAGAAAGAAGAGUACUUUAUCGAAAGAUCAGCCGGCAUGGUGGAAUACAGGCACUAAUUUUCCUUUCCUUUGUCUUUUUGCUAAUGACUUUUACAACCUAAACCAGAGACACACUCUUACGUAUAGUGGAAAACACGUUAAACACUGUACGUCACUAGUCACAUUUACGCACGGCCAUUGCACAGAUGGCCUCUGGUUUCCGCCAAGGGAGUGCCUCUUCUAACAGAUCAUUUGGAAAACAUGGACAUUAAGCCUGUAUCUUAUAAAAGAUAAAAACAUCCAUCUAGGACAUGGAUCUCUAACGUGGUUUCUCCAAAGGGGAAGAAUAUUUUAGAUUUACGGGACUGUUUUGGUAGCACCUUGGUUGUUAUGGUAGCAUCUUUAUCCUCUAGAACACAUCAUUAUGUAUUUUCGUAAUUUUCUUUGUGCUCCGAUGGUGGAUGCUAACUAGAAAGGGCGAACCAGUGGGUAACAAUCUUUCUAAAAUUAGUUUCCCUUUAUUACUCAGAGUUUUGACAGUAUAGUAUUUCUUUAUUUUUAAAUAUAUGUAGCUUUUUGUUUGUUGGUUGGUUUUUAUCCCCCUUCCUUUAGCGUAGUGUUUAUACGAAUGCUUGUCCGAAGAUUUAAUGCUGGUUGAGAAGCUGUGGAAGAUGAUUAAUUAUGUAUUCUCCAAGUACAACUUACUAAGACACUUAGAUUUUCAGAACCUAACUUUGUAAGAAGAAAAAAAACUAAUUAGCAAGUGUAUCUCUUUAAACUGUCAUAUUGAGUGAAAACGGUUGCUAAUGGAAAGCGUAAGGUAUAGCGCAGUGGAUGCCAUGUUUCAUGUGUUGUGGUUUUUUUUUUUUUUUUUUUUUUUUUUUUUUUAAAGAAAUAUGUAAUUUUGUAGGUAUUUCUAUGACAAGUGUUAUCUUUGGUUGCGAUAGAUUGGUGUGAGUAAGAGUGGAGAAACCAGUCUACUGUAAAAUGCGUAUUAUAUUUUAUUUUAUUAUAAGUUUUUUAAUCAUUUGUACUAUUUGUGGGUGGGUGUAAGUAUGUUUUAAGAGGAGGGGAAUCUAUGUAUCAAUGUGAUUUUAUUUUAUUUUCCCUCUUUUGGUCUGUCUAACCUAAAGCAGUUUAACACAGCUCCCCAACACUAUUGUAUACAUUUUAGUACUUUACUUAGCUCCUCUGUCUCAAUGUAAUCCUAGAAAACUAAAAUAUGGCAUAUUAAUACUAAACUAUCCUUUUUAUUUUCCUGCGUCACCAAAAAUAUAAAAUCCCACGAAAUCCAAUAAAAAAAACGAAAAAAACAAA